CCUUCAGUGACAGAUUUCAGAGGUGUUUGCUUCACUGACACAGCGAACUGAUCGGUUUUCAUCAAGCCCACCAGAACAAGACAGGCCAAUAUAUUGUUGAGCGUCACAGAAAAUCGUUGAAAUGUCUGAUUUUGAGGAGUUUGAGAAACAGCUGAGUGAAAACCGACAGGAGAGAGAAAGAGAACGACAUAAAAAGAGGAGUCGCAGUGGAUCUCCAGGCCGAGGAGACAAACAUCGCAGCUGGAGCAAAGAGCGAGGAAGCCGCAGUCGAGAGAAGAGGAGCCGCAGCCGAGAACGCAAGAGCCGCGACCGCCGGAGCUCCUCCAGGGACCACAAGAAGCACAGCCACUCUCCCAGGAGAACAAGGAAGAAAAGAACGUGCAAAUACUGGGACGUUCCUCCUCCUGGCUUUGAACACAUCACACCGCUGCAGUAUAAAGCUAUGCAAGCGGCCGGUCAGAUUCCAACAAUCGCUCUUCUGGCCACUUCUACCGCCACCGGCUUGUCUGCAGCUCCCACACAGGUUCCCAUCGUUGGCAGUCAGAUGACAAGACAGGCCCGACGGCUAUAUGUGGGAAAUAUUCCCUUUGGAGUGACGGAGGAGUCCAUGGCUGAGUUCUUCAACGCUCAGAUGAGACUAGCCGGACUCUCACAGGCUCCCAGUAACCCUGUGCUCGCUGUGCAGAUCAACCAGGACAAAAACUUUGCUUUCCUGGAGUUUCGUUCUGUAGACGAGACGACGCAGGCGAUGGCCUUCGACGGAAUCAUUUUUCAGGGUCAGUCGCUAAAGAUCAGACGGCCUCACGACUACCGACCUUUACCUGGAAUCUCAGAGCAGCCCGCCUUCCACGUCCCAGGAGUGGUCUCCACUGUCGUCCCGGAUUCUCCUCACAAACUGUUCAUCGGAGGUCUGCCCAACUAUCUGAACGAUGACCAGGUGAAGGAGCUCCUGAUGUCGUUCGGGCCUCUCAAAGCGUUCAAUCUGGUGAAGGACAGUGCUACGUCUCUGUCCAAAGGCUACGCCUUCUGUGAAUACGUUGACGUCUGUGCCACAGAUCAGGCGGUUGCUGGACUCAACGGGAUGCAACUAGGAGACAAAAAGCUGAUCGUCCAAAGAGCGAGUGUGGGGGCUAAAAACGCCAAUCCUACCUCCAUCAUAGAGACCCCAGUGACACUACAGGUCCCUGGCCUGCAGAUGCUGCAGAACUCGGGCAUGCCUACGGAGGUGUUGUGCCUCCUCAAUAUGGUGAUGCCUGAGGAGCUGGUGGAGGAUGAGGACUAUGAGGAGAUCCUGGAAGACAUCAAAGAGGAGUGUUGCAAGUAUGGCAGUGUCCGCUCCAUUGAGAUUCCUCGACCUGUCGACGGUGUGGAAGUCCCUGGCUGUGGGAAGAUCUUCGUUGAGUAUGUUUCCGCUGCAGACUGUCAGAAAGCCAUGCAGGCUCUCACCGGCCGAAAGUUUGCCAACAGAGUCGUGGUCACCAAAUACUACGACCCCGACAUGUAUCACAGGCAUGAGUUUUAAAGCACAGACCAGUCUGAUCUUAUUGUAAACGAGUCCUGAGUGGCUAAAAAGAUCUACAUCCACUUUACAAACUGGACCGCAGUGUGCUUCAGUUCUGAAUAGCCAACUAUCAGCUUCAGCCUAAUACUCACACAGUAUACUUGUACUGAAUUGCUGAACUUUAGUAUUAAUGACAUUUGUUGUAGAAUGAAUGUGACAUGUAUCUCAAACCUGAAGUAAUACUGCCUGACAAUAACACAGAAUAUCUGUUUAUCUGUAAAUGCACUGUGUGAGAAAAACAGUCGAAUGUUUAGAUUCUCUCUUCUGAGCACAAACUUUGAUUUCUCUGAGAGAAAAAAAAGGUUAUUUAUGUAUUUAUUUUUUACAAAAAAUAUUUCCCUAUGUAAGUUAGGAUACUAAUGUUUAUGAACACAUACAGUGCUCCAACCAAUACUGCUAAUCCAGUUAAAAUGCCCUUUUUCUAUCCUAAAAUAAGAUCCUAAACUUUAUGACUGUUGACUAUUGUAAACCCCUCCCUCUGAACAGCAAUGGUGAAGUUUAGCUACCAAGAACUAGCAUCGGGGAAUCGCCAUCAUUUUACAAAACAGAAAGAAAUAUGUCCAAAUAUGAUAAUGGCAAUGCUGCAAAACUAUAUUUGAGAAAAGGAUGACAUCUGAUGGCUAUGUCUAUUUUAAUACAGUCUGUAAUUACAUCACAAAGUGGCUAUCCUAGGAUCACCUAGCAUAUCAUGAAUUGAAUGCUAGUUAGUCAGCUAGCUAGCUAGAUGUUAAGUUGUCUUUAAUGAAAGCAGGGAAGUUAAAGAUUAAAGAAAAACUAAUAUUUCUAGAAAUAGCGUUAAAUAUUGAAAUACAUUGAUUACAAAAACAUAGGUCACUUUGAGAAUAAACAAAUGUAAUUUUUUUUAAUGUCAAAGAACAAAAUAAUUUUCUGGUUUGACAUUUCUCUGAUCAUACUAGUUUUUCUAGGACUAGUUAGAUAAACUGUAAAAAACAUGAAUGCCUUUUACUUAAAUGCAAACUUUUUAACCUGCGACAUGUUAGCUUUUGCAUGAUCUUUAUCCAAUAUCAUAGAUGUAGACCCCUUUCUUUUGAAAAAUCAGUGUUGGAUACAGCUUUUUCAACAUAUUCAUGAAGUAUUUAUUAGCUUACUUUCCAAUAAACUUUUAGAUGGCCAACACCUGAAAUGGGAGGCCAGCUCUUGUCCACCUGUCUAACAAAAUAAAGCAUAUAUCUAUUAAAUAAUUCAUUAUUAAAUAUCGCAAAUGGUAAGUCUGCCACUGUUUUAUUUUAUUUCACAUAAUCUGCUGUUUGUCCCAACAGACAUAGCAACUGUACUUAAAGGGUGGGGUUUAUGUGAUGGUCACCAGCCAUAAUAAAUCAUUUUACCAUCAAUAUCGGAAUGAAAAAACCUAAAUUGUCUUAUGGUCAUGUUAUAAAAAUAAAGCAUUGCACAUGUAAAAAACACCUUUACAUUUUAUGGAUAGUAUACUGAAUAACAUUUAAGAGCUUUAAACUUUGUGUGACAUUAUUGCAUCUGUUUAAAUAAAUAUUUUAACAAGAUUAUGAAUUCAUUCUGAAAUGAUGUUUCUGUGCUUUAAAAGCACAUACAGCUUACAAUAUGUUCAGUUUCAGAUAAAACAAACUGUAUUUAAGCAAUGGACAUAUCAAACGAGAAAAAAAAAACAGCCUCUGUAUUUAAACAUUUUCUGGAUGGCCUAAAAUAAAAAAAUUUUUUAGAUUGUUCAAAC